GUGUGUGUGUGUGUGUGUUAAUGAGAGAUGGGAGGGUAGAAACUCCUGGCUGCGUGACUGCUCAGAUAGCCCUCCACAUCGGAGCUGGAAGGAGUGAUCUGGUGUCUGCAGGCUUUACGCAGAAAAACAGCGAGGCCUCAGGAGGGACCUGCCCUCUUCAUCUCCACAACACUCUUCAUCAAUACCAAAAGACCAUGAGCACUCACGAGCACAACCACUCGCUGGACUACUUCAAUGGCACCCCGUGGUUCGUCUACGAGUGCACCCUGGACCUGGACUCUGUGAGAGACUACCGGCGCAUGGCCCUCUUCCUCGUUUACCUUUUCAUCUUCAUCGUGGGCCUGCUGGAGAACGCGCUGGUCAUCUGGGUCAACUGGCGCCGGCGCCACUCGGCCAACGGGGUUCUCUUCUGCAUCAUCAACGUUAGCCUGUCGGACCUCAUGGUGAUUGUGAUCCUGCCCUUCUUCAUGAUGGAGGUAACCAUGGACAAGGUCUGGCUGUGGGGGCGCUUCCUCUGCAAGGUCACCAACCUCGUCUACGUGGUCAACUUCUACAGCAGCUCCUUCUUCUUGGCCUUCAUGACCCUGGAGCGCUAUCUGUCCCUGACCCGGCCCUCGUUUCCCGCCUUCUUCCCUGUGCUGGGCCGGCGCCGCUGGGUGCUCUGCGGAGGCCUGUGGGCGCUCUCCUUGUUCCUGGCUCUGAUGGAGAACGUCCAUGUGGAUCUUCUAGAGUGGGACGAGCCGGGUUGCUACAUGCUGCCCGAGCACAACUACACCGAAUGGUUUGUCUCGGUGACUUUCCUUUGCCUGAUCUUCCAGUUUGUCGGCCCCACUGCCGUCAUCGUCACCUGUAACGUACUGAUCGCUCGGGCGGUUCAGACGGCACCGGACGUGCAGGGCCGGCGGGACGUGUGGCUGGUGCACGUGUACUCGCUGGUAUUCGUCAUAUGCUGGCUGCCCUACCACCUGGUCAUGUUCCUGAUGAUCAUAGACGACCUGGAACCCUUCCUCCUCAGCUGCAACACAGUGGAAGCCCUCUACUUCUCAUUCAGCGUGGUGCAGAGUCUCACUCUGUUCCACUGCAUCGCCAACCCCAUCCUCUACAACUUCCUCAGCAAGAGCUUCCGCAGCAACCUGAUCAACACCGUGGUGACGUACAUUCCCAGAGAGGGAACUGUGGAGCAGGUAGGAACAGGGACCCAGCCCCACGCUCCCAAUGGAGGCGGGGGAGACCCGGGGAAGCAACGCAAGUUAAGUAACGCCAGCACCAGCCAGUCUGAUGUUGGAUCAUAAAAAAAAAAGAAAAAGAAACUGAGAUAAGAAAAGAGAGAGCAACAGGAGCGAGACAGAACUGAAUCCAGGCUUGGUGCUUCAGAAUACCAGAGGCUUAGAUCGCACAACGUAUCAUCUCACUCAUGGUCAUAGACUCACUGUGCUGUUUGUUAUGUAACAGAGGGGCUCACAAACACCUUCCUCUCAUAAUCAACUUCCUGUUUUUUUUUUUUUUUGUAUCAUGUAUCUGAUCAGUUUUAAACGGAGAAAGGCAGGAAAUGUUUGAUGUGCUCCCACAGGAACUCAUGGCAACCUCUAAAAAUCUCAUGGCACAGGAGAAGAAUAGUGCCACACCAGGAAUGUGUGUAAACAAAUGUGCGGUCCGUCCAGCGCCAGAUAAGACCAAUCCUCAUAUUCACAUAAACAUCUUGCAAAUGUAAAAAAUAUUGUAUUUCAUUACAAAUCUAACAGAUAAAUCCUAAUUACUAAGUGCUUAUUUAUCUGUUCCUAGAUGCUGCUGUAGUCUACAUGUGCUGUAACAUGGUUGAAAUGCAAUAAAAUGCCAUCAAACACUAUUUGUAUCAAUUU